ACUGCAACAUUUUUUACCCCAUUUAUGUUGAUACUAAAUAAAAGAUUAUAUUUGAUCGUGUGUAUAAAUUUAAUUUAUACUUAAAACCAUAAAGUACCCUUCGCAGGCCAUUAUUAACAUAAUUGUAUCGGUUUUGUUUUUGUGUGAUCGGCCUUACCUAGCACGUGCGUGCUUUAAUCAGCUGUUGCAUACCGUGCAGAAAAAUUCACAAUUCGUUGAGGUGUAGGAAAAUUUAAAAUGGCCAAAAUUACAAAGAAAAAAGGUAAAGCCAAAUCCCAAUCUAAGGAAAAAUUCACACGCAAAGCACUUCGCAAACUAAAACAGCAGCAAAAGAUAGAGAACAAGCGCUUGUUUUUCUCAAAUAAAACCAAAGGUGCGGCCUUGGUUGCUGAUGCGAAGGCAGCCGCUGCCAAUGCGCAGCAAUCAAAGAAAGUAAAGAAGGGCAAAGCGAAAAAUGUUAACAAAAAUAUAACUCCCGAUGAUAUUCCAAUCGAGGAACUACUUUCUGGGAAAGUAGAUUCGGACAACGAUGAAUCGAUUGCAUCAGAUUUCUCCGAUGACGAUGUGGAUGCACGUAUUCCGUCAAAGAUGGCAAAACGCGAAUUACCAACGCACGCAGAAAAAGGUAAGAAACGCCAGCAGCAACAACCUACACGCCCUGAUGCUGAGGAGCAACGUCGACGUGUAUUGAAGCAGCAAAAAGAUUUGGAAAAUGUGGCACGAAAGCACCGACGCAAGCAGCUUAUACUGGAAAACGAAGACGAGGAUCGAUUAAUAUCGAAAUUGGAAAAAAAGUUAAAGCUUAACAAAACUAAAGACAAAAAUCGCUUGGUACGUAAAAUGUUUAGCGAUGGCUUAGACUAUGCAUUGGAGUUCUGUUUGGAUGACGAGGAAGAAAAGCGCAAGCGUGAAUUGAAGGAAAAACGAAAGGAAGAGCAAAAAAGACAAAAUGAAAGCGGCUGGAGCGAUGAAGAUGCAUUUAGCGGCGAAGAAGGCGAAGACUCUGGAGGUGAGGAACUGGACGAGGACUCUGAUGAUAGUAGUAAAGGCACCCAAAGUGCUUAUAGCGACGAAGAUAGCGAGGCAGACGAUCAGCUACGGCUGGAGACUAAAAACUCAGAAGAGCAGUUUAAAGAAGAUAUUUAUGGAAGAAAACGUGACAAGGAAGGCAACAUUAUGAAAGAUGUUGUAGCGGCUCAGUCUGAAUCGGGAGCUCAGCAGCCACAAAAAUAUGUACCACCCCAUCAACGUGCUUUACUCGCAGCCACCCAAAAUGACAGCAAACAAACGCAAAUUUUGGAACGAUUGCGUAAAAACUGCAAGGGACUGCUUAAUCGUCUCUCUGAGGCGAAUCUACACAAGAUCGCAACUGGUAUUGAGGAGUUGUACAUGAAGAAUUCUCGCUACAACAUCAAUGAAACUUUAGGUGCGCUAUUGCGGGAGGCCUUACUUGCGCAUACUAUGGUCAAUGAACGUAUGGUGCAGGAGCACAUGGUGCUGUUGGCAUAUAUGCACGCACAAAUUGGCAAUGAAAUUGGCGCACACUUUUUGCAAAUGUUCAUUGAGCAAUUCGACAAAUACGUGAAAGAGAUACAUACGCUAGCGGUGGAAGAUAAGCGACUGAAUAAUUUAGUUUUAGUACUCGCUUACCUAUAUAUUUUUAAAAUCUAUGAACAUCGACUACUGCUGGAGAUAAUCGGUCGAUUUUCCGAUAAUUUGUGCGAGAAAUCCAUUGAGUGCCUACUACUCAUUUUCCAAUCGGUGGGCUUCAAAUUGCGCAAAGAUGACCCGCUUGCAUUCAAGGAGAUGAUGUUAAGCGUACAGCGUAAGAUCGCUGAAGCGCCAUUGGAGUUGAAGGAGAAUUUACGUCUUAAGUUUAUGGUCGAUAUCUUGAACGCAGUUAAGAAUAACAAUAUAAAUAAAAUUCCACAGUUCGAUCCCGAAUUAGCUGAAGAUCUGCGUAAACGUUUGAAAGCCAUGUUGCGCAAUGACAAAUAUGUGACCACACUCAACAUAACUAUGGAUGAUUUGCUGCGUGUGGAUCAAGUGGGCAAAUGGUGGGUAGUGGGUUCGGCGUGGAGUGGUAAGAUCGACGACAUCAACGCUGCUACGAAGCAAAAUAGAGACGAUUGUGUGGCGUCUGGUGCGCGUUUCUCUGAAAAGCUGUUGAAGUUGGCCAAAAACCAGAAAAUGAAUACGGAGGAGCGGCGAAACAUAUUUUGUAUUAUAAUGGGUGCUGAAGAUUAUGUGGACGCUUUUGAAAAGAUACUACAUUUAGCGUUGAAGGAUCAGCGCAGUAUUGCCUAUGUGAUUAUCCAUUGCUGUUUAAAUGAGAAGCAAUCAAAUCCGUAUUAUGCACAUUUGGCGCUAAAAUUCUGCCUUUAUAACCGCAAGUAUCAAUUGGCCUUUCAGUUUGCCACAUGGGAUCGCAUUAACGAAAUCGAAUCGUUGAAUAAGAUUCAGGUGAAAAAUUUGGCGAAAUUCCUGCAACAUUUAAUAUUAAAAGGCGGCUUGCAAUUGACGGUGCUGAAAGUAGUGAACUUCCUACAACUAGACAAGUUAAGUUUCCUAUUCAUGAAGGAAAUAAUGGUUGGCAUAUUGUUGAGCGAGCAGGAGAACGAAAUUUAUCAGGCCUUCGAGCGUGUUGCCAAAAACUCGAAACUUGGCGCGUUCAAAAAUAGUGUGCGUUUGUUUACACAACAUUUUCUGUUGCAGCAUGAAAGUAAAUUAAAAUUGCAUGAGGAUCAAUUGGCGGUAUUGAAAAAGCGAGCAGAUUAUGUCGACAAUAUACUAGCCUAUGUAGACUUGUAAUUUUUCUUUUUAUAUAAAUUUAAUGUAUGUAAAUAAAAUAAACGUAAGACUUAGCAUCAAAGGCAACUAGCCUGAGUCACUUUUGAUAUA